AUGCGACUCUUCCUACUCCCUGUUUCCACGCGCCGAACUCUAAUCUACUGCCAGCGGCUGAACGUCACCACCACCCAGCAGCAAGGUUGGAUCGAUAAAGGCACUGCGAAAGCUGCCAAGCUAUGGGCCGGUUGGGAGAAGAAGGAAAGCGGAUGGCAAAGGAAGGUGGUGGAUUACGGCAAUGAAGCCCUGAAACAUAUACCAUAUGAAGAAUGGGGAUUGAAAUCGAUACCUCCGCUCUCAGCGCGCAGAAAAGCUGAGGAGCUCACAGGCAAGGAGAAGGUUCAAGUCUGUUUUCCGCAGACACUACUAUCGGAGAGCGAUGCGGCAACCGUCCUAAGGAAAUUAGGCACGGAGAGGCAGCCCUUCCACAAAAGGAGAAUGUUAUGGUGCUUCGUGGGAAUGCCCAUAACCGCCCCAGUCGCGUUAAUACCGAUCAUCCCGAAUAUACCGUUUUUCUACCUUGUCUUCCGAGCCUGGUCGCAUUGGAGAGCCCUCUCGGGUUCAAAGCACAUUAAGGUUUUGGUCGAUAACAAACUUAUAAUCCCUGAGCCCUCCCGAAUACUCGACGAGAUUUACACGGCCGCAAGGAUACGACGGGAUGGCUCGCCUGUAUCUAUGGACCAAGCUGCCGCUGGCUCGACGGAAGCGGAAGCGGACGAGAAGAUGGUCCUUUACCAGUCCGAUGCGAAGAGAAUUGCAGACGAACUGAAGCUCCCAGAACUGGAGGUUGAAGUGAACCGAGCGAUUUGGCAAGUCGAGAAGGUUUUGGCCAAGGAGAAUUUGGCCAAGGAGGACGGGGGAAAUAUACGUCAAAAGUCUUUGCAAGCCAAGAAGGAGCGCGAUGAGAAGGCGGAGAAGAUCAACGAGGAGGUGUCUCAGGUGAGUCGGUCGUUGCAGCAAGUUGAGUACGAGCUCAAGGAGAAUAUGAAGACGCCCAAGGAGGAGCUAAAGGCGGACAGGGAAUUCAAGAAGGAUUUGAAGAAGUUAUAG